UUUUCAUGUAUCCAAUAGAAUUAUUUUCUGUUAGCAAACACACAGUGAAAGAGGCCAAAAUGGGCGCUGUGAUUCACUGCAUUGCAUGUUGGGAGCCUUACAAAUCCCCCUUCACCUUCUUCCCUUCUUUCUCUACUCAUCGCUCUCAUUCUUCUCCUCUUCCCCCCAAACUCGCCAUGGCUCCAAGCGAACCUCUCUCCCUCACCCCCGUCCAAGACUCUCCCUUAUUCGAUUACCCUCGUCUCGAUCAACAACUCAUCCACACCAUCGCUUACGACGCCCUCGUUUGGAGCUCUCUCCACGGUCUCCUUGUCGGUGACAAAUCCGUUCAGAGAUCAGGAAGCGUUCCUGGAGUUGGAUUGGUGCAUGCGCCGCUUGCCUUGUUACCCACGCCAUUUCCGGAAAAGCAGUGGAGAGAAGCGAAUGAGUUGGCCCCUAUAUUCAAUGAACUCGUUGAUCGGGUCAGUUUGGAUGCAACGUUUCUUCAGGAAUCACUUUCAAGAACUAAGAAAGCGGAUGAGUUCACCUCUAGACUUUUGGACAUUCAUUCCAAGAUGCUACAGAUUAACAAAAAAGAGGAAAUACGAUUGGGGUUACAUCGUUCAGAUUAUAUGCUUGAUGAAAAGACUAAAUCACUUUUGCAAAUAGAACUGAACACUAUUUCCUCUUCUUUUGCCGGUCUUAGUAAUCUUGUGACUGAACUUCAUAGAUACAUACUUUCUCGCCAUGGAAAAUUGCUUGGACUAGAUUCCAAAAGGAUUCCUGCCAACAAUGCUGUCAAUCAGUAUGCAGAGGCCUUGGCUAAAGCUUGGAGUGAGUAUAAUAACCCCAGGGCCGUGAUUAUGAUUGUAGUUCAGGCUGAAGAACGAAACAUGUACGACCAGCAUUUUGUUUCUGAUGUUCUAAGAGAGAAGUAUAAUAUUACAACUAUACGAAAGACGUUGGCAGAAGUUGAUCAUGAAGGAGAAAUUCUACCAGAUGGAACACUUUUUGUGGAUGGACAAGCAAUUUCAGUCAUUUAUUUCCGGGCUGGCUAUACACCAAUUGACUAUCCUUCAGAAUCAGAAUGGAGUGCUAGGAUACUGAUGGAACAAUCUUCUGCUGUCAAAUGUCCUUCAAUAUCCUAUCAUUUGGUUGGCACCAAAAAGAUUCAACAGGAACUUGCAAAGCCUGGUGUUCUUGAGAGGUUCAUUGAAAACAAAGAAGAAAUUGCCAAACUGCGUAAAUGCUUUACUGGGUUGUGGAGUUUGGAUGACUCAAAUAUUGUUAGAAAAGCAAUUGAAAGGCCCGAGUUAUUUGUGAUGAAGCCCCAAAGAGAAGGAGGAGGAAACAAUAUUUAUGGUGACGAUGUGAGAAAAGCCCUCCUAAAAUUGCAGAAAGAAGGUUCUCUAGAAGAUGCAGCUUAUAUCCUUAUGCAGAGGAUAUUUCCAUCUAACUCUGCAGCAAUUUUGAUGCGUAAUGGCUGUUGGCAUAAGGAUCGUGCCAUUUCAGAACUGGGGGUAUUCAGUACUUAUUUAAGGAAUAAGGAUAAGGUUAUCAUGAAUAAACAAAGUGGGUAUUUGAUGCGUACAAAAAUAUCAUCAUCUGAUGAAGGUGGGGUUGCAGCUGGUUUUGCAGUGUUAGAUAGUGUAUACCUGACUUGACAGAGCCAACAAAACUGUGGGUUAUCAGGGUAGUCCAAAACAAAAACAUUACGUCGGUAAUGGUUUACAUAAUGAUAUCAUAAUGUUUUGUUUUCUCAUCACUACUACAAAAAUUCUAUUUUACAACCAUGACGGGUGUCAAGAACAGUCUUAAAAUAGAACAUAAUUGCAAUUUUGUAUCUUGCUUUUACUUAUCUGCCUCCGCAAAAAAUGAAAAAAGAGGAGAGACUGUAAAGUUCCUUUUUUCUUUUUCCAUGGGACCAUGGGAUGUAUAAUAAUUAUAGAACCUGUGGAUGCUUCGUUAACUAUACCCGACGAGUUGUUAUAUUCUUUCUAUCCAAUAAAAAUUUGGCAAGCUGUUCAAA